AUGGGAAGCAUAUGUAGCAGUAAAAAAGAGUAAUCUCCGUAAAGGAUAACAUAAUCAACUUAGUCUACACCAAAUCAAAUAUUUCUUCUAAUCGAAACUAAAAUAUAGAAAUUCUAUCGACCUCAUCAAAAAUUAUCAAAUGUAUACAAAUUCAUUAAAAUCAAGAUUUCUAAUAGCACAAUUUUAAAGAGAAGAAGAACAAAUAUGGAACUUAAUAAAGAUUUCAAAUUAUUAGAAGCUAAAUGA